AUGGAUCCGUGCCACACUGAAGAAACCGGCCCAGAGAUCCCCGGCCUGGGUGAGUGGGCGCCGCCAACUGGCAAGGAGGCGGCGGCGGCGGAAGGAAUCCGCGGCCGUUAAGGCCGUUGCUGCUGCUGCUGCUGCGGCUUUCGAGCGCUGGCGCAGAUCGGGGGAGGGGGGGGAGAGGAGGGGCUUCGGCGCAGACGCCUCGGUCCUCCGCUCUGCCUGCCUGUGUAAGUCCAACGAGGCUCCCUCAUCCCUUCCUUUCUAGGCCUCUCGCCGCCACCAGCCUCCCCAGUGGGGAAAGCGGCGGGAGCGCGCCCUUCGCUCUCCCGGGCCCUCUCCCUUUAUAUGCUCUCUGCCUUCCUCCUUUUCUCUUCCCUUUCUUCUCUCUCCUCCCCCCCCCUUCUCUCCUUUGACCACGUCCUGCCUCCGCCAUUGUGGUGGGUGUUGCCCAAUCUGCGCGCUCGGCGGCCAUUCCGGGGCCUAGGCGGCAGUGGAGGCGGUAGAGCCGCGCUCGGAGGCCGCCGCGGAAGGAAUCGGCCGCCUUUCUCCUGUUUCUCUUCCUCUCCCCGCCCCCCCCCCCCCACGUCGGGCCCUUAUUUCCUUAUAGUGAGGCGACGGCAGGGAAGAGAAUAAAGUAACUAGCUCUAGGACUGCGGGGGGGGGGGAAUCGCGCUGUAAAUAGUGGGCGGGGGGGGGAGAGUAAAGCUGUUUCGAUAAGUAGAAAUCCCCGAAAUGGAGGGUAGCGCGACACGUGACCGACGGCGGUUCGGAGACUGGUCGGGCGUCGCGCGACGCGGGUCGAACUUGUCCCAGUCCUCCCCCCCCCCCGCACCGCGCGUCUCCUUGCACAAAGCACCGCGCUGUUUGCUCCGCGGCGUGUCUGCUGAAGAUGGCCCUGCCAUGUGUUGCUGGCACGCUUGGAAAAUAAAAAUAAUAGCCUCCCCGACAUCUUAAUCGAGCCAUAAAGAAUUGGCUGUGCUGGGUUCCGGGUUUCAGGGCGCACGUGGCAGUGGCUCUUUAGCAAGAUGCCCAAUUCCUUCCUCUCUUCCAUUAUGGAACUAGCAAUAGGCUCAACUAGCCAAGCUGUCCUUUACUUAGAAGUAUUUUAAUUGCUCUGCUUCAUCUACCUAAGCAAAGGUUAGGAGUAAGACCUUUAUAGGAAAAAAACCAAUCAAACUUAAAGGAAAACUUGUCUUUCCGUAUAAAUAAAAAAGUUCCUCUGUAUUGUAUAUAGUUUCACUCCAGAGCAUUGUUGAACUUUGACUUGCUUCUAAGGUAAAGAUUAUACAUUUCAUGGUUCUAAACUGUUUUAGUUUUCCUCCAUAAUCUCAUACAACCCCCACCCCACAAAAAACCCUGCUAGUCUUAAAUCUUGACAUUUCUCAACCUGCCAGUUCUUACGUUAUGAACCCCUGUGACUAAGAAAUGGGUGUAUUGAUAAGAAUAUGCUUUAAAUGCACCAAAGAGUGGGCACAUGCUGGUGAGAUACCUGAUCUGUCUCAGUUUAGUUCCUGAAAGCACAUGGCCAAUAGUACAUGUGAAUGUAGUGGCCUUGUUCUCUUGGAGAAAACAUUUGCUGCAGUCAAGUUCUGAAGAAGGCAUUCACAGGUUUUAUUUACAAAAUGUUUAUUGUACCUAAAACAUAUCUGAUUUACACAAAACUAGUUAUCUGAACAAAACAACUUUGAAGUAAGCUUUUUAAACACUUCCAGUAAUGAGUAGAAUUUCUUCUAAGUUUUAUAUUUGUGCAAGAUGCACAAAUUCUCUCAUUUUACCUCAGAGAAACUCAGACCACAAGAUGAGUUGAUUCUGAAAACGAUCCCAGUAUCUUGAAUAGCUUUUUACAUCUAUGUAUUGAAGAUUUUCUUUUCUGCUGGGUAGCAACCUUUCACCUUAUGUCCAUACAAAGAAAGCAGGGACUGUUUACUGUACAAAGUUAUACACUAGAUAAAAUGGCACUUCUCCAAAUAUCCUCCUAGACUGGUAUUUUUAGUUGCUAAGUUGUCAAAAAAGCCUUGACCUGUAAAAACAAGAUACGUGAAUGAGGUAUUGAAAACAAUUCUGAUCAAAACCCUAGGGCCAAACCAGGUAUUAAACAUUUGCAUGUGAGUUUGGCUAUAAAAUGUCCAUGGAGGAGGUCACAUGAGGAAAAAAGCUAGCUAAUAAUGUUUAGCAUUCUGCACAUUAGAUAAUCUAACCUGUAGCAGACAACUUUCAUGGCAGCAGUCUAAUACACUGAUUUGGAAAUUUGACUUUAAUUUAAUGGCAUUUGAUUCAUGUGUAUAAAACACUAGUCAAGCUUAGUGCAAGAGAUCCCUCAGACCUUGUGGGGGGCCAGACUAUAUUUUGAAAAAUAAAUAAAAAUGAAUGAAUUCCUAUGUCCCACAAAUAACCCAGAGAUGCAUUUUAAAUAAAAGCACAUAUUCUACUCAUGUAAAAACAUGCUGGUUCCCAGACUGCCAGCAGGCUGGAUUUAGAAAGUGAUUGGGCCGGAUCCGGCCCCCCGGGCCUUAGUUUGCCUACCCAUGGUUUAAACAAAGUUGUAAGCAAGAAAAGGACAGUCAGCUAUGGGCCAUUUAAGCCCUCGUGGAAUUUCUGACUACAAAAGGUAGCUUGAGCUAAAUCAAGCACGUGGGCUUUAAAAAACAUAGGAUGGAAGAUACUUACUUUUUCCAAUAAGUAUUCUUGUUUUAUUUCAUCAUUUUUGAAAUCAUCAUUAACAUCUAAAACCAGAACUGGUAUGUCUCUAAGAUGGUCAAAAUCCACCCUACAAAACAAAAUCCACAAAGUUCAGUGUUUACUUGGAAGAAAUAUCAAUUAACUUAAAAAUAAGGAAUCUCAAUGACAUCCCAUUUGUUAACCUCUCAGUUUCUAAACUGUUAGGUUUAUAGAAUUUGUGGCUUAAACUUCGAGUCAAGUUAGGGUUGCAUCUCCUAAAGACAACAAGCACCAGCAGCACCUAAAACACUUUUAGAAGUAUGUAGCCACUGUGUUGCAAGAUAACACUUUUUGCCAUUUCAGUAUGGCAUUCUUUAAGUUACCUUUAAGAAAAAGUGGUAAUAUAAUGAGCUAAACAUAAUAAUCGAGUAACAACUUUGAUUGCAGCGAUGAUAAAAAUGGCAGGCUUUUUGUUGGGGGGGGGGCAAAACUAGCAUAAUGAAAGUGUCAAAGCUAUGCGAGUUCUUACUUCAUUGUCUUCUCAUAAAGCCAGGUUUCAUGUUUAUAGUGAAGGUUUUCUAGAUAUUCCAGUGGAAUUCCUUGUUCUUCUUCUCUGCCUCUAUGGCGUAGCCUCUCCAUGCAUUUCUGUAAUUUUUAAUGUCACAAUAUAACAUUUAGCACGCUGAAUUGUUAUUAUGAAAAGUUCUCGCAUGUAUCUAACUAAUCGUUGCCUUCAGUGAAUUGCUGUAAAUUUAUAUCUGCUUAAACUUUACAUAUAUCUAAAAUGAGUGCUACCUAAUCAUCAGUGUUGGACUUUGAAACAUUAUUGAAGUGGAACUACUUAGGUAUACUAGCUUCUUAAACUUUAAUAUCAAAACUUUUCAAUUAGCUUAAACACAGCCUAAUACUUUGAUUCAAAGCAUGCUGACUUGGAAGCAAGGGUGAUGAACUGAAUUUGCUCCCAACUACAUAGGCUUAGGACUCCAGCCUUCUUAAUGCUUAGUAAACUUAAGAAAAUGGAUUGCAGUCUCCUGACAAUGCAAGUAAAACAUUGUUAUUGAGAGAAGGAUACAGAAGAUUUUAACAAUGCUUUAGUUUAGAUGGAUAUCCUACAAAUAAGAAUGUUUAAAAGGACUACAUAAGUCCAUUGUUGUCUCUUGGCAACAGUGUUUACGUAGAUUCUGUUGACAUCAGAAUGUCUUGUUAAAAGGUUUGAGAUCUAGAUUUACAGUGCUCUUUAACUGAGCAGGACUGUUUCUGGGUAAAAUCAAGCAACAAGUUGCUGUUUAUGAAUAUUGGACUAAAAGGUAAGAUUGUGAUUUGCCCAUGUUUAGUGUCUAGGACAAAAGUUACUCUUCAGGGGCCAUCAAAGACAUAUUCAAAUUUGAUUAAGUAAAAGCUUAGCACAAUACAGGCAACUCCCCAUUUGCACACCGUCAAGGCAUGUGUGACCACUGGCACAUGCGCCAUUUUUGGCUGCGGAACGGUGGGCUUGUGUGCAUGCAUCCUGCUGUGUAUGGUGUUUCAGAACACAACCCCUGUGCAAAUGGGGAGUUGCUUGUACUCUAUUCAGUAUCAAGAGCUCCUAGUUCUGGUACUAGUAUUGCAUCUAAAACUAGUCAGUUUGGGGAGAAGGAAGCAUACCUCAGGGGUAGUCCUGAGGUAGAUAAUACCAUCUAGCUCUAGGCUGGAGUCAAACUGGUUCAGAAGCCAUGCAUGCCAAUCCUGAUAAAUUGCCCACUCUGUUUCAUUGAUGUCUCCUGAUUCGAAUAAGUUGGAGGCAAACACAUACCUGUAAUAGAAAAGGCUUUUAAAUGCAAAUUGAUACUGUGUACCUGAAGAGAAACUCAGUGGGUCUUUCACUGUACUGUUUACAUUUAAAAUGACUAUUUUGGAUGCAUACUUCAUAUUUUAUUUUAGCAAGGUGUAUGUAAAGUAGCCCCUUAAUUCUACCAAUAUCUUAUUUCUGUAAAUGUAUGCAUGCUCUUACCUAUCACUGUAGACUGAUCUCUCAAAAAACUGUACAGGAUGUUCUGCUUCAAGUAACUUGGCAGAAAUUGGUUUUAAUUGUGCUUUAACUCUACUCAAACAGGCGUAGGUCUGGAAUGUAUAAGCCCAUCUUGUAGGUUUGCUGUACAACAUCUGAAGUAGAUUUCCACCACUCUUUUGAGAUGUUGAAAGUUCCUGAUAAUGAUAAAAAAGAAAGUCUGUCAGUAAUCUUGUCACUUGGUUGUUAGACAUACCAAACAUCUGCUGUGGAAAGUAAAACAGCAUCUAGUGUAACCUAAGAAGCAUAAAGUAUUGCUAAGUUACAUUGACUAUUGCAACAUUUGUGGUAUUGCAACAUUUAGCACUAGGGGGCCAGCAUGCUUACUUACUUCAGACUCAUUUUCAGUUGUCUGGAUGUUGCACCACUUGGCAAUUGGUUCAGGAAUUAUUUCCCACUCAUCACUGUUCCUUGCUAGUAGUUGGACAAAUGUGGACUUCCCUGCAGCUGUUAAGAAAAUUCAGCUAGUAUUAGGAUAAGACAUUGGUAGCAUAAUACAGAGACACACACUGGCCUUUCCAGAAGCUGAGGUAUUAAAACACUUGCAAGGCUAGGCUCUUCUUUCUCUUAUGAAUCCUAUUUACCCCUUCUUCCCCAAGCUCCUGAUUUGGAAUGCAUUUAUAACGUUGUGUAACUUGGUUUUCUAUCUCCAAAUGACAAAACAUUGUGUUGUGUGGAAGGUAUGAGGGCAGAAAAUAAGUGUACUUAGAGAAGUAUUGGAGUAUGUAUUGAGUAUGAGAAGCUCCAGGUUUUUAUGGCUUUCUUACCCUUGCACCCUUUUCAUUGAAGCCUGUUGUAUGACUUGGCUGUUUCAAUCCCAGACCUUUGCAGUGACUUGUCUUAAAAACUGUCUUUGUUACCAUUGAUUUUUUAAGGCCUAAUAUUAUAUAAGCGGAUGUUCCAUAAGCAUAUACAGUACUGUGAAUCUAUUCAGUAAAUAGGCAAGGACAGCCUUGAGCCGUGUUUUUAGCAGAGGUAACAGGCGAACACAGCACUGUCCUUAUCAAUGUUUAGGCGCCAGCGCCUUAAAUCCCGCCAUAUCAACGUCCGUCUUCCUAGCUGUAAUUUGGCGCCGGAAGCCGUGCUACUGGGACACAGGGGAAAAGAGCACUCCACUGCCGCCCCAAUAGCUCUGUGUUUAUAAAUAGGAAGCCCUCUUUGAAGCUUCAUUUUUGCCACCGUUAAUUUACAGGAGUUAGUUUUUUAAAAGGCAGACACCAAAGUGAAGACAUUCCUAUCAAGUAUACAUAGGUCAGGCACUUACCGAUAUUCCCUUCAAUGGUGAUUUUCUUCAGGCGUUUUUGGAAGCUGCGGUCCAACGCACUGGGUCCGACGCAGGGGCGCUUGGCGGGGGGAUACAUGGCGAGCGGUCUUUGUUUGCCCGGCUUCAGGAAGGAACUGAGGCGAGCUCUUCCCGCGCCUUCGCGUCUCUUCAAGAAUCCCGCCUGUGCUCAGCCAAUCCAUAGCGGCGACCCGCCUCUGCUUUUUCUCCUGUCCCGCCCUCUUGGCUCUGCUGCCAAGGAGAGCUCGACCCUUCACUCCCGCGCUCUGGAAAGCGCCGCCCGCCCUUCUUGUGGGGAGACGCGGUUGAAGUUGCUUCUUGGCAGUCCUCGCCCCUUGCCGCGUGUCUCCCCUUUCACAAAGUGCCUCUGGCACUCGCAAUUUCAGGUUGGAUUUUUGUUUCGGCUGUAUUAUUGGGGGCUUUGCAAUUGGUGCCUAUGUUGUGGUAAAAUUGCCAUUUCCAUGAAUUAUGGAACCAGAAUGUUCCAUAAGCAGAAUUGGGCGCACGAGGUCGUGUGGAAUCGGGUUAAAGUGGAAAGAGGUGGAAUAAUUAGUUGGGGCUUAAUUCCCCGAUCAUCAAGGGAGUGGCAUUAAAGUAUAAAGCAUGUAAGGAAUCGUUAGGUCUUUGUAGCCCCCAACUUUGUAGUUCUGUGCCAUUUUGAGUUGGAAGAGGCUAAUUAUACCGACAUUGUACAUUAGUCUUAUACUGGUACAGCUUGCGGUGCCAUUGGUGCUGUCUUGAGCGAAAUGUGGUGAUUUGUCGGUGCUGCCAUGUUUGAUGGCCAUUUCCGUAUGCGUUGAGAGCACGUACAACAUGGAUGACUCCACCGCUUGAUUAUGCAAUGAAGGGUAUAGGCCUCGUAGUCUUGCUUGUAAGGGCAAAUCAAAAGAGCCAACUUGGGGGAGGGGGUUGGCUUUGUUCUUCGGCGCAUGCGUACGAUGAGCGGGGAUUGAGUUGGGCAGGCUAAGCAGGACGGGAGCAGGAACGGUUGUUGCGGGAGGGGGCGGCGGAAUCCUACCAACUUUGUUUUACUCGGAAGUAAAUGCCAUUAAGUUCACUAGGGGUGUAUUCCCAAAUAAAAGCGCACAGCGAUUGGUAGCCUUGUACUCGCAGCGGGGAGGGGGCGGGGGGAGUUUUGUCUGCUACAAGUCAUGCGCAAGUGGCGCUUGUAUUUUCGGCUGGGGGGAGGGCUGGGCAGGAAGCGCCGCGCAUGCGCCGGGUGGGGAUGUGCGCGCACGCGCCGUGAGCUGCCUUUUCGGCCACGCCGCGCAAGAAGCAGGUGAGCCCCCUCGUAGUUUUGUAGCCGUUAGUCCUGCCCCAGUUCGGGUUCCGCGAGUAUUUUUUGCUUCGACUAGUGAGGGGCCUCUCUGCGCAGUCGGUUCUUCGGACUGCUAUCGACGACCGAGGCCUGUUUUUUUCUGAGGCUGCGCCAGGGCUCGGCCAAGCGGAAACGCAAGUCCUCCGUCGGCGCCAUUUCAUAAGUGAACCUAGAGCGCGCCGCCGCCGCCCGGCCCACUUGGUUCGCAGAGGCGAAGCGACCCUAAAACCCGCCCGCGGGGGACCAGCAUUUCGGUUUGCCAUGUGUACGUGGGGAAGAGACUUGAGGAGUGGGGAAGAGGGAGGGCGAGCGGCGAGUUUGGGCGGGCGAGUUGCUCCGUUGCCGAUCUCCUGCCCCACUCAGUGUGGCGACGUCUUUGUUUGCCCCGUAGCAACAGAAGGCGAAACGGAGACCACGCUCACUUCCAGCAUGAUGUUAAACACCGAAGGCGGCGAGGGGUAUGUCGUGAAAGUGCGAGGGUUGCCUUGGUCCUGCUCCGCGGAUGAGGUGCAGAGGUUUUUCUCCGGUAAGAGCCGUUCGCGUGUCUGCUUCUCCCCCCGCCCCCAGUCUCCAUGGAGAAGGCUCCUUCCCUUUCUCCGUUACUGUAGUGAAAGGUAAACAAGCUGUAGUUGUUUUUUUCUCCAUACCCUUUCCUCCGUAAGAACUUCCGUGUUGCAGGUUAGAUUAAAUCUAGAACUCUGAAUUAGAAAAAGAGUAAAAUGGACAAUUAAGUACUUUCCCCUCUGGUAAUAGGGGAAGCUGCCUUCAAGGAUAUAACAGUUCACAAUUUAGGCUCCAAUCCUAACCCCACUUACCUGGGAGUAAACCUCAUUGGAUUCAGGACUUACUUUUGAGUAGACAUGGUUAGAUUUGUGCUGUUUACUUCAAAUAGUAUUAAGGACUACAAUGCUUAAAACCGCAAAGAAAUUAGAAUGACAGCUCAUGGUAAUGAGAACAGAAAUAAAGAUCAUAAGGUUAUGUUUCCUUUGUCACUUUCCACCCCCAUAAUAAUAUUAUGGCUAAGUUAAUUUUGCUUUUGUUCUUUUUUGAAGUUAAACAUAUAAUUACAUAAAUAAUAUAUUCUGUACUGCAGGAUGAAACUGUUUACUUGAAAGAACCUUAUUGACUUCUAUUGAGAUUUCAAGGACACACAUCAGAUUGUAGCCGUACAAGCCAAGCCUUUGCAUAGUUAGAAGUCCUUGAUGAAGUUAGUGGUGCUUCUGACAGUGUGUUAAACUUGUUCUUCCGCUCUUUCUUAGAAUGCAAAAUACUAAAUGGAUCUUCAGGGGUCCGUUUUAUCUACACAAGGGAAGGAAGACCAAGCGGAGAAGCAUUUGUUGAACUGGAGACCGAAGAAGAUGUGAAGCUGGCAUUGAAAAAAGACAGAGAAACAAUGGGACACAGAUAUGUUGAAGGUUUGGAUUGAAUUGACAUAGUAACUGACUUAAGUAGCUCUUCAGUUGGGUGGAGCUUAGAUGCAUGGUUAUUCUUCUGUGUGUAUGUAAAUGUGAACCUGUUCUCCAAAUGAAUGUCGUGCAUUGACCUUUUUGUGCCAUGUUCCAAAAUUCAUUAAUUCUAAGUGCCUCUUGCAGUCUUCAAGUCAAACAACGUUGAAAUGGAUUGGGUUCUGAAGCAUACUGGUCCUAACAGCCCUGAUACGGCUAAUGAUGGUUUUGUACGUCUUAGAGGACUUCCAUUUGGUUGUAGCAAGGAAGAAAUUGUUCAGUUUUUCUCAGGUAUGUGGGGUAUAAGUUCUAGCUAUAGCUGUAUUGGUAAAGAUUAGAAUUGCAAUGGCACUGAAGUAAUGCCUAGCCAACUAAUAAUAAAUAAUCCUUGAAUGGCCAAUUCUGUAUGGUUAUGCUUUAGGUGUUUUUAAAGACAAACACAGUAGUUUAAAUUAUUUGAUAAUUUGAGAACUGUCUCUAAAACUUGAUGUAGCAAGUAAAACUUUAUUCCAGUCUAACCCUGCAAAGCUUUAAGGACUAACUAAUCGUUAAACCAUAAAGUAAAGAUUGGAAGCAAAGUUGCCAUUUUAACUCUUCCACUCCACUCAGCCAAACAUUUAGAAUGCUUUCUUAAAUUUGAGUGUCUAGAAUAAGGUUAUUGAAUAAAUGUUACAACUUUAGCUUGGUUGAAUGGAUGGAAGGAAAUGCUCACAUGUGUAGUAGAAGCUCUUUAUGACAUGUAAAAGGAAUACAGAAAAUAAGUAUUUGUCUGAUAGGUUUAAAAAUAUUUGCUUCAAAGUUUGGUAUGUCAUAAAGUAAUUUGCUUUUAAAAACUCUAUUGAAACUGAAAUGUUAAAGCAAAUGGAAGUGAGCGUUACAUCAGAAUGUUUGGAAUAUAUUGCAGUAGUCCAGAUAAGUGUGAAUGUACUCUGAUGAAUUGUGAUAAACAGAUCAACUUGCACCGUAUUAGAUUUCUGUUGAAAUAUUGUUUCCCAAGUUGUUUUUUCUUCAUAAAAUUUAAUAUGUAUAUACAGUGUCUUGAAAUGAAGUGUUUAUGAAAAUGCAAAUCUUUGAUUUUGUUACUAGAUCUGUUAAAUAUUUUGCAUGAAAUUAUCUUUGAGUUUAAUUUGAUUCUUGUUAAGAUCUAGAAUUGACAUUUUUAGAGGAAUUUUAAUUGUUCAAUUGAAUUUAUUUAUUAGUAAAUUGCUGCUUUAAUGUUUUUCUUAACACAUCCUGCACUAAUUGGAAAUAAUAUUAAUCAAAAUGUUACAGAAAUGUCUUUUAUGCAAGCAGGCUGAGUUAAGAAUCUUUUAAAUAGUAUGUAAUAAGUGUUUCUUGUUGACAUGUUUCUUUUAUAGUGUUUAAUAGUAUGGUUUACUGAUUCUGAAAUUUAUAAAGUAUAACUUCUGGUGUAUUUUAAAGCUAUAAGAAAAUCAUGAUUGGGCUUGUGAUGUUAAUAUUACCCCCCUACUGGGGUUAUUUGUCCUUGGGUUGAAGGGUUGGAAAUCGUGCCAAAUGGGAUAACAUUGCCGGUGGACUUCCAGGGGAGGAGUACGGGGGAGGCCUUCGUGCAGUUUGCUUCACAGGAAAUAGCUGAAAAGGCUCUAAAGAAACACAAGGAAAGAAUAGGGCACAGGUGGGGAUGGAUGGUUGGUUGGAUAUGUCGCUCUUCUUAUGGUAAACUGUUAUUAAAUCCAUAUUCUCUCUUCUUAAGUGCUCACCUCACAACAUGUAAUUUCAUGCCCUACUAACACCCCCAAUUUUAUAAUGAAACGUUAAUUUUUGUUAUGUUUGUGCAAACUGGCUGUGAAAGGCUAGUUCAUCUACCCUUCCCUAGACCUCUCAAAACUGUUCAUUCUGAACAAGUUUAAAUGAUAUUUAAGGAAGUUGAGAGAUUAUGGCUUUAAAUUUUUCUAAUAGCACCAAUUAUGCCUCUAGCUCUAAAGACACUUAGCAUUUUAUUACCAUAAGAAAAUGUGAUUACUAAACUUGUUCUAUAUAUUGAUGUAACAUUUUCUUGUAUAAUUUUUCACAUAAACACAUAAUUUCCGAAAAUGUCACAAAGGGAUUUAUUCUAAGUUUUGUGACGUAUUAAUUGAAGCAUGCACAUUUUUUGCAUUUGCUAAUUUGCUAUGCCAAUGCAUAGGAUGGGCUCAUGAGCACAUAGUGCUUUUUGGAGUGUAUUGAUGGAUUAGAAUUCUGGCGGAGGCUGGAUUUCUAACCCUCUUGCAUAUUGCCAUAUGAGCAAAAUAUGGGUGCUGUUGAGUGGACAUUAGUCCCUCCAAGUUCUGAUUCUUCAGAAGCUUAAACUAGUUUGCUCUCCCUAACCCUUAAGGUUGGGAUAUCUUAAUGAGCAAACUCAAACUGAUUUACUGAAUUAGCCUUGGAUUAUUUUCUAUGACUAAACGUAAAAAUUCUGGCUUAAAAUUGCCAGUUCCAAGGCUGUGGUAUUGUAAUGUAUUAUAUUGUAUAACCUAAUAUGCAAAUUUUAAAAAACUCAACUAGUUUUAUGUGUGUGAACCUUUUAGGUACAUUGAAAUCUUCAAGAGUAGCAGAGCAGAAGUGCGCACUCAUUAUGAUCCUCCUCGCAAGCUUAUGGCCAUGCAGAGGCCAGGUCCUUAUGACCGGCCGGGCGUGGGAAGAGGCUACAACAGCCUUGGUAGAGGAAGUGGUUUUGAAAGAAUGAGACGUGGUGCAUAUGGAGGAGGUAAAUAUAUAGAGCUUUCUUAUUCAAAAACAGAUAGUUCUGUUGGAAGAUCAUUUUCAACAUAACUCUAAAUUGUGGGUUGCAGGUUAUGGUGGUUAUGAUGACUAUAAUGGAUAUAAUGAUGGCUAUGGCUUUGGAUCAGAUCGAUUUGGAAGAGGUAAGAAUUCUUGAUUAGGGCAAUUGCGGAAACUUGUCCUACAUACAAAAGAUUUAGAAUGGACUGUUUCCACAGGGAUGUCAGACCACAGGUAUGGGGAUGGAUCCUCUACUUUCCAAAGCACAACUGGUCACUGUGUGCACAUGAGAGGAUUACCUUACAGAGCUACAGAGAACGACAUUUACAAUGUAAGUGACUGUCUUGACAUUUUUAUUUGGAUUUGUUGCUGCAGAACAUUGCCUGAGAAAUUUUCAUUGAGUUAAUGACUGUCUUUUCUACCUAGUUCUUCUCGCCUCUUAAUCCUGUAAGAGUACACAUUGAAAUUGGGCCUGAUGGUCGAGUAACAGGAGAGGCAGAUGUUGAGUUCGCUACUCAUGAGGAUGCUGUUGCUGCAAUGUCCAAAGACAAAGCAAAUAUGCGUAAGUUAAAGCUCCCCUGCAGAUGUAUGCACUUUUUUAAAAAACUGUAGAGUAGAAUGAAUCCGUUUACUAUACUGGCUUUGCUUGUUAACAUUGUGGUAACUUGGUGAGAGUGUGAUGUUCACUACUGCUCAUGAUUCUCAGAAUUGAACAGCCUUCAAGUUUUGCAUCAAGGUGGCUAAGUCCUUUGUACUGUACAUGAGGUAAGUUGAACUGUUUGUGUUCAGAGCAUUGCUAUUUUUUGUUUCCUUAGAACACCGAUAUGUAGAACUCUUCUUGAAUUCCACAGCUGGAGGAAGUGGUGGUGCAUAUGGCAGUCAAAUGAUGGGAGCAAUGGGUAUGUGCAAGCAAUUCAGUUUCAUGUUGCCUCGCUGAUGUUUAACAAAACUGGCUAAUUUUUACAAUUCUGCUUAUUCUUGGUGGCCUAAAACUAAUAUUUAACAUUCUGUCUUAAUCACAGUCAAGGAAACGGAAGGGGUAGUUCAAGAUUGGAACACGAACACAUUGGCAGGUAUAUAAACCUUUUGGGUCUACAUUUUGACAAAACUGUUAAAUAAAAACUGAAUGGUAGCAUGAAUGAUUUCCAGGGUGCAGAGUGGUAACAUUGGGUGUUUGGAGGAAGAGAUGCUUGUUGUCUGUAAUGUUGCUACAGUUUUCUACCUACAGCAGUCACUUCUGGGAGGGUGAGGGUAGGAAUGUUGAAUAGAAGGUAUAAUUCAACUGGCAAAGAUUAUACCACAAUGGUGGUUCCUCUUAUUGGAAAUCCUGUUAACCUGAAUAUUUCAAUACUUGAAUAUUCAGUCAAACCAAAUUAUAAAACUUCAGAAGCUUGGUUUGCUUGUAUUAAAAAGUUUUAUUCUGAAGUGGUGGUUUGUUUUAUUUGUAUGGGGUGCAUAUGCUGUUUUAGUAGCACUUUGCAGAAUGGCUUCGUGCUUUACAAGGUACAAUUAAGUUAAAAAAGCAAUCUUCAUAUCCUCAACUGCAAAAGAGUUUUGCAGAGAUGUGAAAUGGGUUACCAGCUGUAUUUUGCAUUUAGUUUGUACAAAAAUGUAGAAAGGUGUUGUGUGUCAGGUGCAGGUUUCCUAGUCACAGCUUGGAAAGGCUAACUUCUUUUGGCACCUCCCCUGAGCUGUUUAAAGCUACAUAUACAGAAGGGUUUGUGUUGUCUGUUAGCCACAUAAUGAAGGCUAUGCUCUAUAUUGCUAAAUGCUACUUCAGAUUAGGUCAAUAGGUUUGAAAUGAAUGAUGGCCAAGAAAUAAAAUAGCAGUUUCAGUGGGAGAACACCCUCCUCUGCUUCUAAUUCAAUUGUUCAUAUAAUUUGAAAACUCAGGUGCUCUAAGAAUCUAUAAAUUGCUUAUCUGCAAAUAAUUUCCUGAGUGAAGAGCAAAUUAGGAAGAAUCUUCUCAAAUUACAGUUCAGCUACACAGUGAACUAGGAGCAAACUUGCCCUUUUAAGGUAGCAUGUAGGCAUAUGCUUUUUUGUAGAAGGUGACUGUAGCCAAGUUCUUAACAUGUGUGUCCUUAACUUGAAAGGAAGCCAAUCCAGUUACGGUGGUCCAGCUAACCAGCAGUUGAGUGGGGGUUAUGGAGGAGGCUAUGGUGGUCAAAGCAGCAUGAGCGGAUAUGGUAAGAUGUUUUUAUUAGUCUUGGAUGUGUUAACGCAGUUAGCUAUCCACCUAAUGCAAGGAUCAACUUGUCUUGAAAAAGUUAAAAUAUUAUACUGUCCAAAUACUUGGUUUCAGCUAGAAAAUCAGUCUAGAUGAGUGAGCAAGAAAAGCUUUCAGUGACUAGAUUAAAAAAACAACACUUAAAAGAUGAUGUUGGGUGAUGCACAGUUGGAUCCAGUCUGUAUGAAGCUAGCCUGCCACUUCCAUUGUGUGAUAGUACAGGAUCUAAAGCAAGGUUAUAAGGAUAACUUGGGGUGAGGGAAAUGUGGUGCCAUGUAUGUAAGUGACUGCACUAAAUUGUCUUAUUUGUUAUCUGUCUUAGGUAACCAGAGUGCAAUGAACAGCAGCUACUACAGCAGUGGGAAUCGUGCAUCCAUGGGAGUGAAUGGCAUGGCUGGAAUGUCGAACAUGUCCAACAUGAGUGGGGGCUGGGGAAUGUAA